AUGGCCUCCCGGGAGAGCGCACACUCCUCCCAGCGCUUGCUCGCUUGCUCGCCCACCUCGUGUCAUCUCCACGUGCCCUCUGACGCCCCGAGCAGGUGGAGUAGGUGGAGUGCCUCUCUGGCCCAGCCACCUUCCUCCAGGGGGAGCCCCGUUCUGCGGCAGGCUGCCACAGCACCGAAUUGUUCCCUCUGCCCCCAGGACGCCAAUCUGUCCAUGCACACCGACGACCCAGACCUCACUCCCUGUUUCCAGAACUCCGUGCUGGCCUGGGUCCCCUGCAUCUACCUGUAGGCCUCCCCGCCCUGCUACCUCUUCCAUCUGCGGCACCAUCACCGAGGCUAUGUUAUCCUCUCCCACCUCUCCAGGCUCAAGACGGCCUUGGGCGUCCUGCUGUGGUGCAUCUCCUGGGCUGACCUCUUCUACGCCUUCCAUGGCCCGGUCCACGGCUGGGCCCCCGCCCCCAUCUUCUUUGUCACCCCGUUGCUGGUGGGGGUCACCGUGCGGCUGGCCACCCUGCUAAUCCAGCAUGAGCGGCUGCAGGGGGUACAGUCCCCAGGAGUCCUCAUCAUCUUCUGGUUCCCGUGCGUGGUCUGUGCCAUUGUCCCCUUCUGCUCCAAGAUCCUGUCAGCCGUGGCAAAGGGCAAGACCUCAGACCCCUUCCGCUUCGCCACCUUCUACAUCUACUUCGCCCUGGUGCUUUUCGCUCUCAUCCUGUCCUGCUUCAGGGAGCAGCCGCCAUUUUUCUCCCCAAAGAAUGUCGACCCUAACCCCUCCCCAGAGGUCAGUGCUGGCUUCUUCUCCUGCCUGUCUUUCUGGUGGUUCACAAAGACGGCCAUCCUUGGCUACCGGCGCCCCCUGGAGGAGGAGGACCUCUGGUCCCUGACCGAGGAGGACCGCUGGCAGGGGGUGGUGGACAGGCUGACGGAGGCAUGGAAGAAGCAGCAGAAGCAGGCAGCGCGACACAAGGCCGCGGUGGCAUCUGGGAAGAGUGUGUCCGGUGAGGAUGUGGUGCUGCUCGGGGGCCGGCCCAGGCCCCGGGAGUCAUCCUUCCCGCGGGCCGUGCUGGCCACCUGUGGUUCAGGCAUCUUCACGAACAUCUGCUUCAAGUUGACCCAGGACCUGCUCUCCUUCGUCAAUCCGCAGCUGCUCAGCAUCCUGAUCAGGUUUAUUUCAAGCCCCGUGGCCCCCACCUGGUGGGGUUUCCCGGUGGCCGGGCUGAUGUUUGCGUGCUCUGUGAUGCAGACUCUGUUCUCACAACAGUAUCUCCACUGUAUCUAUGUGAUGGUGUUGAGGCUUCGUUCGGCGAUCACAGGUGUCAUCUAUAGGAAGGUCCGCUGGAACAGGGUGCCGGGGGGCCUGGGUGUGAGUCUGACUAUCCUUGGCUGGCCGGCUGUAGUCGCCUUCCUGUGUGUCUGGACUCCUUCCUCUGUUUGCCUAGCUUUGUUCCUAGCUUUUGACAUUAACCUGGGUCCUUCCAUCUUGGCUGGGGUGGCUUUAAUCGUCUUGCUGGUCCCACUCAACGGAGCUGUGGCCAUGAAGAUGCAUGCCUUACAGGUAGGUCAAAUGAAGUUCAAGGACUCGCGCACCAAGCUGAUGAGUGAGAUCCUGGGUGGCUUCAAGGUGCUGAAGCUGUAUGCCUGGGAACCCGUUUUCUUGGGGAAGGUGGAGGGCAUCCGGGAGGACGAGCUCCGGAUACUACGCCAGUCUGCCUACCUCCAAGCCAUAUCCACGUUCACCUGGGUCUGCACCCCCUUCCUGGUGACCCUGAUUACCCUUGGGGUCUAUGUGUCCAUGGACCAGAACAACGUGCUAGAUGCCGAGAAGGCCUUUGUGUCUGUGUCCCUGUUCAAUAUUUUAAAGACUCCCCGGAACCUGCUGCCCCAGAUAAUCAGCGGCCUGGUCCAGAUCAGUUUGUCUCUGAAAGGGAUCCAGCAUUUCCUGAGCCAAGAUGAACUUGACCCCCACUGUGUGGAAAGAAAGACCAUCACCCCAGGUCCAGACACCCUCUACCUGGGCUGUGAGAGGUUGGGGAAGGAAAUCCCAAUCCCUACCUCUGACCGGGUUCCUGGACUCCUUGCCCCCAGUCUAGACAUCCAGGUGCCGAAAGGGGCACUGGUGGCCGUGGUGGGGCCUGUGGGCUGUGGGAAGUCCUCCCUGGUGUCUGCCCUGCUGGGAGAGAUGGAGAAACUGGAAGGCACAGUGUGUGUGAAGGGCUCUGUGGCCUACGUGCCCCAGCAGGCAUGGAUCCAGAAUUGCACUCUUCAGGAAGACAUACUAUUUGGCCGAGCCCUGGACCCCAAGCGGUACCAACAGGCUCUGGAAGCCUGUGCCUUGCUAGCUGACCUGGAGAUGCUGCCUGCCGGGGACCAGACGGAGAUUGGAGAGAAGGGCAUUAACCUGUCUGGGGGCCAGCGACAGUGGGUGAGUCUGGCCCGAGCUGUUUACAGGGAAGCUGACCUUUUUAUGUUGGAUGACCCACUGUCAGCUGUGGACUCCCAUGUGGCCAAGCAUCUCUUUGACCAAGUCAUAGGGCCCGAAGGCAUGCUGGCAGGCAAGACACGGGUGCUGGUGACACACAGCAUCAACUUCCUGCCCCAGAUGGACUUCAUCAUAGUGCUGGCUGACGGGCAGGUGUCUGAGGCGGGCCCCUACCCAGCCCUGCUGCAGCAUAGCGGCUCCUUUGCCAACUUCCUCUGCAACUACGCACCUGACAAGCCUGAGAAGAACCUGAAGGAAGGCAGCAGGACCGCCUUGGAGGACACAGACGAGGAGGAGGUGCUGCUGAUUGAGGACAUGCUGAGCAAUCACACAGGCCUGACGGAUCACGAACCAGUCAUGUAUGAGGUCCAGAGGCAGUUUAUGAGACAGCUGAGUGUCAUGUCCUCGGAAGGCGAGGGCCAGGGCCAGCCUGUGCCCCAGAGAUGACCAGGUUCAACAGAGAAGGUAGUGCAGGCAGCAGAGGUGAAGGCGAGCGGGGCACUGAUCCAGGAGGAGAAGACGGAGAUAGGCACUGUGAAGCUGAGUAUGUUCUGGGAUUACGCCAAGGGCACGGGGCUCUAUACCAUAGUGGCCAUCUGUCUUCUGUACCUGGGUCAUAGUGCGGCUGCCAUCGGGGCCAGCGUGUGGCUCAGUGCCUGGAGCGAUGAGGCUAUGGUGGAUGGCCAACAGAAUAAUACCUCCGUGAGGCUGGGUGUCUAUGUUGUCUUGGGAAUUCUGCAAGGGCUCCUGGUGAUGGUGUCAGCCAUCACGCUGAUGGUGGGGAGUGUCCAGGAUGCACGCUCGCUUCACCGGGUGCUGCUGCACAAGAGGCGCUCGCCACAGUCCUUCUUCCAUACGACGCCCUCAGGCCGGAUCCUCAACCGCUUCUCUAAGGACAUCUAGGUCAUCGAUGAGGUUCUGGCCCCCACCAUCCUCGUGCCGCUGAAUUCCUUCCACAACUCCAUCUCGGCCUUCGUGGUCACCAUAGCCAGCACGCCGCUCUUCACUGUGGUCACCCUGCCUCUGGCUGUCCUGUACAUCACGUUGCAGCGCUUCUAUGUGGCUACGUCACGGCACCUGAAGAGGCUGGACUCCGUCAGCUGCUCGCCCAUAUACUCCCACUUUUCAGAGACGGUGACUGGCACCAGCGUCAUUCGGGCUUAUGGCCGCAGCCAGGACUUCAAGGCCAUCAGUGAUGCUAAGGUGGACACCAACAUGAGGAGCUCCUACCCCUACGUUGCCUCCAACAGGUGGCUGUGGGUCCACGCGGAGUCCGUGGGGAACUGUGUUGUGUUCUUUGCUGCACUCUCUGCUGUGAUUGGCAGAAACAGCCCGAGUCCGGGGCUAGUGGGCCUUUCUGUGUCCUACGCCCUAUAGAUAACAAUUAGUCUGAUGUGGAUGAUCCAAAUGAUGUCAGACUUGGAGUCUAACAUCGUGGCCGUGGAGAGAGUCAAGGAGUACUCCAAGAUAGAGACUGAGGCCCCCUGGGUGGUGGAGGGCGGCCGUCCUCCCGCGGGCUGGCCCCUGCGGGGUGAAGUGGAGUUCUGGAACUUCUCUGUGCGCUACCGGCCGGGCCUGGAGCUGGUGCUGAGGAACCUGAGUCUGCGCGUGCACGGUGGCGAGAAGGUACGCGAGGGGUCCCCCGUGGGCCGCACCGGGGCCGGCAAAUCGUCCAUGACCCUCUGCCCGUUCCGCAUCCUGGAGGCCGCGGAAGAUGAAAUCCGCAUCGACGGCCUCAACGUGGCAGAUAUGGGACUCCACGACCUGCGUCCUCAGCUGACCGUCAUCCCCCAGGACCCCAUCCUGUUCUUCGCGUCCCUACGUAUGAACCUGGAUCCCUUUGGGUAUUACUCGGAGGCAGAUCUAUGGUGAGCCUUGGAGCUUUCCCACCUGCACACCUUUGUGAGCUCACAGCCGGAGGGCCUGGACUUCCAGUGCUCCGAGGGAGGGGAGAAUCUCAGACGAGGCCAGGCUGCCAUGCACCUGGAGACUGACGACCUCACCCGGGACCGCACCCAGUUUGAGAACUGCACGGUACUGACCGUCGCACACCGGCUCGACACCAUCAUAGACUGUACCAGGGUCCUUGUCCUGGACAGAGGGACAGUAGCUGAACUUGAUUCUCCAGCCAACCUCAUCGCAGCCAGAGGCAUCUUCUACGGGAUGGCCAGAGACGCUGGACUUGUCUAAAAUAUAUUCCCGGGACUUGCUCCUGGCCAUUGCUGGUUUUCAUCAGGAGAAAAAAAGACACCAAGCACGUCUGCAGGAUGGACUCGAUGGCAAACACUGUAGGCAUUUGCUAGAUUCUUGCCCUGCAAAGUGCCUCACAGAAUAAUUGUGCUAAAUGCUUUAGAUGAGGAAGUGGGGCCCAAGAGGUGAACUACGGGCCCGAGGCCACAGCUAGUUCGAGGCAGAGCCCAGACUGGUGCCCGGGGUCUCCUGAUUCCCAACCUAGUGUUCUUGCCACGCUGUGCUGUUUUCAGUCAUUUCAUGGAAUGACCUCUCCACUCUGUCUGAUUUUUUGUAUUUUCUACUCAGAAGGAUUUUUUUUUUUUUUUUUAAAGUAAAGCUUUUUCCUCCUGGAACAGCAGACUGCCGGGUCAGGGUGUCCUUAGGAACUGAGUCCUGUACUCUGGGGUGCUGGCCUGAAUCCAUUAAAAAUGGAGCACUGAUGAAAUAAAGCGACAUGGUCAACAA